GUACGUGACUACUGUCCGCUGCGGAAACCCGCCGCUCCACGGUUCACGUGGGAAACCAGAGGAGGCCUCGUUAGAACAUCAACAUCCUUCUUCCUCCUUCUCUUUUGUCCACCACCUCCUCCCUUCUUCCUCCUCCUCCUCCUCCUCCUCCUCCUCCUCCUCUGUACCCGGGUUCAGCACCGUGGACAGCUCCUCGCGCUCUGAUGGUCAGACUGAAGUUGGGCACAGACGAGUCGGCUGCGACCCGAGCGCACGAGGGACGACGGGUUCCAGUGGUUUCAUCAGCCAAGCGACGGAUGUGACAUUACUGAGUCUCAGAGUCUGUAGAGUCCGAGGCUGAAGCGCGAUGAUCUCACGGUAUAAACCGAGUCCCGGUUCCACCAUGUCCUUGGCAUUUUGUGGGAACGAGAAUAACUCGGUGGCCUACAACGUGGAUGGGGGGGUCCUGAACAACGGCUGUUUCCUGGACGCGCUCAACGUGGUGCCACAUGUAUUCCUCCUCUUCAUCACCUUUCCCAUCCUCUUCAUCGGCUGGGGCAGCCAGAGCUCGAAGGUCCACAUCCACCACAGCACCUGGCUUCACUUUCCUGGUCACAACCUGCGCUGGCUCCUCACCUUCGUCCUGCUCUUCAUCCUCGUCUGUGAGAUCGCAGAGGGCAUCGUCUCCGAUGGAUUCAGCCAAUCUCUCCACCUCCACCUGUACAUGCCUGCAGGGCUGGCCUUCAUGGCCGGCAUCACCUCGAUUGUCUACUAUCACAACAUCGAGACCUCCAACUUUCCCAAACUACUAUUAGCCCUGCUGAUCUACUGGGUGCUGGCCUUCAUCAUGAAGACCAUCAAGUUUGCCAAAUACACUGAGCAUGGCAUCGGCCCCAGGCAGCUGCGCUACUGCAUCACCAGUCUGCUGAUGCUGCUUUAUGGACUACUACUAUCUGUGGAGAUCAAUGUCAUCCUGGGCAGGCGCUACAUGUGUUUUGCCGACCCCACAGAGGUGAAGCCCCCCGAGGACCUUCAGGACUUGGGCGUUCGAUUCCUCCAGCCCUUCGUUAACCUGCUGUCCAAAGCCACCUACUGGUGGAUGAACACUUUCAUCACCUCCGCCCAUAGACGACCCAUUGACCUCAAGGUCAUCGGCAAACUCCCCAUCGCAAUGAGAGCGCUCACAAACUACAUAAAGCUACGCACGGCCUUCGAAGACCAGAAGCGGACUCAGAGCACAGCCCCCCAGGGACCAAAGUGGAUCUGGCGGGCCUUGAGAAGAGCGUUCGGCAGACCUCUCAUCCUCAGCAUCACAUUCCGUUUCAUGGCCGACCUGCUGGGCUUCGCCGGUCCGCUGUGCAUCUCCGGCAUCGUCCACCACAUCAGCAAGGACAACCGCACCAUUCAACAGCCGAUGAAGUUGCUCGGUAUCUAUUUCAUUUCGUCCAAGGAGUUUCUGGAGAAUGCGUACGUGCUGGCUGUGCUGCUCUUCUUCGCUCUGCUCCUGCAGAGGACCUUCCUCCAGGCCUCCUACUACGUGGCCAUUGAAACAGGCAUCAACCUGCGUGGGGCCAUACAGACAAAAAUCUACAACAAGAUCAUGCGUCUGUGUACGUCCAACAUGUCUAUAGGCGAGCUAACCGCUGCUCAGAUCUGCAACCUGGUUGCCAUAGAUGCCAACCAGCUCAUGUGGUUCUUCUUCCUCUGUCCUAACCUGUGGGCCAUGCCAGUACAGAUUAUUGUGGGAGUGAUCCUGCUCUACUACCUCUUGGGAAUCAGUGCCUUGAUUGGAGCGACCGUCAUCGCUGUGUUAGCUCCUGUACAAUACUUUGUGGCCACAAAGCUGUCCCAGACGCAAAAGAGCACCCUGGAAUACUCCAGCGAGCGACUGAAGAAAACCAACGAGCUGCUGCGGGGCAUCAAGCUGCUGAAGCUGUACGCCUGGGAACACAUCUUCAGCGACAGUGUGGAGGAGACCAGGGGCAAGGAGCUCACCAGCCUGAAGGAAUUCGCCCUUUACACAUCCAUAUCCAUUUUCAUGAAUGCAGCUAUUCCCAUCGCAGCCGUGUUGACGACUUUUGUGGUUCACGUUCACCUCUCGGAGGACGCGGAUCUGUCUCCAGCUGUGGCCUUUGCCUCCUUGUCCCUCUUCCACAUCCUGGUCACCCCCCUCUUCCUGCUCUCCAGCGUGGUGCGCUCCACCGUCAAGGCUCUUGUUAGCGUUCAGAAGCUCAGCGAGUUUUUCUCAAGUGACGAGAUUGGAGAAGAACAAGAGCCCAAAGCGGUGUUAACCUCCGGCUCCAGUAAUCACAACCGAAAUAGGUACCAGGCUGUGUCGUCCUCAAAAUCUCUCUCCUCAUCGUCCUCCUCCUCUUUGUCCCGGCACCUCCAGCCCCUGAAGGUGGUGAACCGGAAGCGCUCUCCGAGGGACGACUGGCACAACAACAGCUCGCAGGGGGACCAUGUGGGCGACGGACCGACCCAGGACAUGGACCAAGACCUUUGUAUCAAGAUAAGCAGCGGUUACUUCACCUGGACCGAUGGACCGCCAACACUCACCAACGUGGACAUCAAUGUUCCUUUUGGUAAGCUCACUAUGAUUGUGGGCCAGGUGGGCUGUGGGAAAUCGUCUCUGCUGCUGGCAGCGCUGGGGGAGGUGCAGCGAGUGUCGGGAACAGUCACUUGGAACAGCCUGCCGAACCCGGAGAUUGAGAAAGAUGAAAUUCCCACAGAAAGAGAUGCAGCAAGCGAUGGAGACAUCAGGAAGAGAAGUGCCGUGGCCUAUGCUUCCCAGAAGCCCUGGCUGCUGAACGCCACACUGUUGGAGAACAUCACCUUUGAGAUGCCCAUGAUAAAACCGAGGUACAAAGCCGUCAUCGACGCCUGCUCUCUGCAGCCUGACAUUGACAUCCUUCCACAGGGGGACCAGACGGAGAUCGGAGAGCGGGGCGUCAUCCUCUCUGGUGGACAGAAGCAGCGGAUCAGUGUGGCCAGAGCCUUGUACCAGCAGACCAACGUGGUCUUUCUGGACGACCCGUUCUCCGCCUUAGACAUCCACCUGAGUGACCACCUGAUGCAGGACGGCAUCCUGAAGAUGCUGAGGGAGGAGAAGAGGACCGUGGUGUUGGUGACACACAAACUUCCGUAUCUACUACGCGCAGACUGGAUUAUUGCCAUGAAGGACGGCACCAUCCAGACUGAGGGAACUCUGAAGGACAUCCAGAACACUGAGCCUGAACUCUUUGAGCAGUGGAAGACCCUGAUGCACAGGCAGGACCAGGAGUUUGAGACGGAGACGGUGGCAGCGAGUAUGACCGACCUGGAGAGGAAAAACCUGCGGCGGGCCAUGUACUCCAGAGAGGCCGCCAGGACUGAAGACGACGAGGAAGAUGGCUACCCGGGGUGGACUUGUGCGAUGGCUCCAGCACCAGGUGUUGCCCUCUUUCUCGAUCAAGCAGAAGAAUCCCUGGAGAGCGACGAUGACGAUGACAUGUCGCAGUCGAUGCGUCAGCGAGCCACCAUCCCCUGGCGCUCCUGUGGCACCUACCUGUCCUCUGCCGGGCUCCUCCUGCUCACCUUGCUCCUCCUGUCCCAGCUCCUCAAACACUCCCUCAUGGUCGCCAUAGACUACUGGCUGGCCCACUGGACGUCGCAGGUCAUCGCAGCCAAGAUAAACGCCACGGCUCGAAACUGUACCAUCAUUCAGCACUGUGGUUUCAGUCACUCGUGGUAUCUGUUGGUGUUCAGCGUGUUGUGCUGCCUCGGCAUCAUCCUGUGUAUGGCCACAUCUGUCGCGGUGGAGUGGACCGGACUCAAAGUGGCCAAGGCGCUCCACCACAACCUGCUCAACAAGAUCAUACUGGCCCCCAUGAGGCUGUUUGAGACGACUCCGCUCGGCAGUAUCCUCAACAGGUUUUCCACCGACACAAACACCAUCGACCAGCACAUCCCCACCACCCUGGAAUGCCUCUCCCGCUCCACCCUGCUGUGUGUGUCCGCCCUCGGUGUCAUCUCCUACGUGACCCCCGUCUUCCUCUUCGCCCUCCUGCCACUUGCCGUCACCUGCUACUUCAUCCAGAAAUACUUUCGCGUGGCGUCCAGGGACCUGCAUCAGCUGGAGGACAGCACCCAACUCCCUCUGCUGUCCCACUUCACUGAGACAGUGGAAGGUCUCACCACCAUCAGGGCCCUCAGGUACGAGCCCAGGUUCAGACAGAGGUUGCUGCAGUACACAGACGCCAACAACAUCGCCUCGCUGUUCCUCACAGCCGCCAACCGGUGGCUGGAGGUCCGCAUGGAGUAUAUUGGCGCGUGUGUGGUGCUGGUGGCAGCCGUGGCCUCCAUCACUAACAACCAGCAGUCCACUGGUCUGGUGGGGCUGGGACUGACGUACGCACUCAUGGUGUCCAACUACAUGAACUGGAUGGUUCGAAACCUGGCAGACAUGGAGGUGCAGCUUGGCUCAGUCAAGAGAAUCAACGGUCUGCUCCACACUGAACCAGAGAAUUUCGAGGGACUGCUCACUGUGUCUCAGGUUCCUGACGGCUGGCCCCGGCAGGGAGAGAUCAAGAUCCAGAACCUGAGCGUCCGAUACGACGCCACGCUGAAGCCGGUGCUCAAAAAUGUCAACGCAAACAUCAGCCCCGGACAGAAGGUGGGGAUCUGUGGCAGGACAGGCAGCGGCAAAUCCUCCUUCUCCCUGGCCUUCUUCCGCAUGGUCGACAUGUUUGAGGGGAGGAUCGUGAUCGAUGACAUCGACAUCGCCAAGCUGCCGCUGCAGACCCUCAGGUCUCGCUUGUCCAUCAUCCUCCAAGACCCCAUCCUGUUCAGCGGCACCAUCCGGUUCAACCUGGAUCCAGAGAUGAAGGCUACAGAUGAGAUGCUGUGGGAAGCUCUGGAGAUUGCUCAGCUGAAGCCCAUCGUUAAAUUCCUUCCUGGAGGCCUGGAUGCCACGGUGACGGAGGGAGGGGAGAACUUCAGUCAGGGUCAGAGGCAGCUGUUCUGUUUGGCCAGAGCCUUCGUCAGGAAGAGCAGCAUCCUCAUCAUGGACGAAGCCACGGCGUCCAUCGACAUGGCAACGGAGAGCAUCCUGCAGAAAGUGGUGAUGACUGCAUUCGCUGACCGCACAGUGGUAACUAUAGCACAUCGUGUCCACACCAUCCUGAAUGCCGACCUGGUGAUUGUGAUGAAGCGGGGCAUCAUCCUGGAGUACGACAAACCCCAGGCCCUGCUGGACGCGCAGGACAGCGUCUUCGCCUCCUUUGUGCGCGCAGACAAAUAGCACAAAAAAAAAAGAGACAGGAAGCAGCGAAGGAAGACAUUCAAAGUGCAAUUGUCCCAUGGAAUAUAUUCCUUUUAUUUUUAAAUCACGUUGUAUUAUAUUUGUACAUUAAAAAAUAUGAAAUCUUUGUUAAUAAAACAUAAAUUAUCAUUCA